AUUCUAAUAAGUUUUUUGUAAAAAAGAAAAAAAAAUUGAAAAAGGAAAAUAGAAAAAUAUAUUUUAUCCUUAUUUAAUUUUUCCAGCAUUUGUUAAUCUCUUUUAAUCAGUAAUAAUGGUGCCAUAUAUCUUACGUAUCAUUGCCGUUCUCUCGAUAUCAAUAACGGCCAUUGAUGCACAUUUUAUUCUUCCUAUGCUUGGAGCAAGAGCGGCAAGAAGGCAUGCACAAUAUAAGGGAAUGGUAGCUGGUGCCUUAGCUGGUCGAGCCGCCGCUGGAGCUAAUAUUGAUGGAGGCGGAGGCUUUGGUGGAGGUGCUGGAGGUGGAGGAGGAUUUGGUGGAGGUAUCAGAGGCAGCGGAGGAUUUAGUGGAAGUGCCGGAGGCGGAGGAGGAUUUGGGUAUGGGGGUGGUGGUAUUGGAGGCAUCGGAGGAGGAGUUGGAGGUGGCGGAUCAGGAGAUGUAUUAGGGAGUGGUGGUUUUAGUUUUUCGAGACAUCAUGCUGGUUCCAUAUCUGGACAAGCAUUAGGUUCAGGCAGAGCAGGUGGACAAGCUUCAGGUUUUGGUGGAGCAGGUGGACACGCAUCAGGAGGUGGGGGUUUUAGUUUCGCAGGACAUCAUGCUGGUUCUAUUUCAGGACAAACAUUUGGUUUAGGUAGAGUAGGGAAAAAAGCAGUAGGUUCAGGUGGAGGAAGUGGACAAGCAUCAGGUGGUGGAGAUUUCAAAUUUGAAGGACAUCAUGCUAGUUCUCUUUCGGGACAAGCCUUAGGUUCAGUUAAAGGGGGCAAACACGCAUCAGGUUCAGGCAAAGUAGGUGGCCAAGCAUCAGGAGGUGGAAGUUUUAGUUUUGCUGGACAUCAUGAUGGGUCUGGUUCAGGUAGAGUUGGGAAAAAAGCAUCAGAUUCAGGAGAAGGAACUGGCCAAGCUUUAGGUGGUGGAGGUUAUAAUUUUGGUGGACAUCAUGAUACUUCUAUUUCAGGACAAGCCUCAGGUUCAGUAAAAGGGGCAAAACAAGCAUCAGGUUCAGGCAAAGUAGGUGGACAAGUAUCAGGGGGUGGAGGUUUUAAUUUUGCUAGUCGUCAUGCUGGAUCAAUUUCAGGACAAGCAUCAGGUUCAACUAAAGGUGGAAAACAAGCUUCAGCUUCAGGUGAAGUAGGUGGACAAGCAUCAGGAGGCGGAGAGUUUAGUUUUAGUAAACAUCACGGUGGUUCAAUUUCAGGACAAGCAUCGGGUUCAAGUACAGGGGGCGGGAAAUCUUUAAGUAGAGGAGAUCGACAAGCUUCAGGGGGUGGAGGUGUUGGUUUUGAUGGGCAUCAUACUGGUUCCAUUUCUGGACAAGCAUCAGGUUCAGGUAAAGUAGGUGGACGAGCAUUUGGUUCAGGUGGGGGUGUUGGACAAGCAUCAGGUUCAGGGCGAAUAAGUGGUGGAGCAAGUAGAGGAUUUUCCGUUAGUAAAAGUCAUAGCGCUUCUGCUUCAGGACAAUCAUCACAUUCAACCCAAGGUCAAAUAUCAACUUCCAAAGAAGCUCAAGUGUCAACAUCCAAGGGAGCGCAAGCAUCAACAUCGAAAGAUGCUCAAACAUCAAGUUCAAGUCAAGGUCAAGCAUCAGGUUCAAUCCAAGGUGAAGCAUCAACUUCCUUGGAAGCUCAAGGAUCAACCUUUAAGAAAGCUAAAUCCUCUACUUCCAAGAAAGAUAAAUCAUCAAGUUCAAUCCAUGGUCAAGCAUCAGUAUCUAAGGAAUCCAAAUCAUCAAGUUCAAGCAAAGGAUCAGGUCAGGCAUUUGGGUCAGCUUUUGGUCAAGGUUCAGGGUCAUUUGCUGGCUACGCAUCAGGGUCAGCUCACGGCCAAGGGAUAGGUCAUGCAUCCGGAUUUGGUUCAGGCCAAGGUUCAGGCCAUGCAUCAGGUGGAUUUUCCGGCCACGCUUCAGGCCACUUUUCGAGUCAAUUUUCUGGAUCAGCACAUGGAUAUGGAGGAUAUGGUGGAUUUGGUAGAUGAUUCCAUAGAUAUGAAUGUCAUGAAGCCUCAAAGUUAUCAUAUUCGAUAAAGUGUCUAGGCAAAAAUCAUCUAGCCAAUCUUGAAUGCCCUUAGUUAAAACACCUUAUAAUAAAUCUCUUGCAUCACAAGUUGUUCUAUGUGGUAUGCAUGUCAUUCAUGGGCAAUAGACUUGAUUUUAAUCUGUAAUAGUAUUGUAGACAUCUAUAAUGAGCUUGUAUCGACAAUCAUUGUAUUUUUAGAUGCUUUAAGAAGUUGAUAUUUUUUUUGCUUCUGCCACCUCAUCACAUUUUAUUUAAGAAUCACAAUAUAUUAU